AUGAAGUUCUUGAUCGUUUCAUCAGCAGUCGUGGCUGGUGUUCUGGCCGUGCCAGUGGCACCGGGCAUCCCCAGCACGUCGACGGCGAGAAGUCUCCUCAACGGACUCCAAGUCGCCCAGCCUGGAAGCGGCCAAGGCUACUCUCGCUCCAAGUUUCCUACUUGGGCGACAAUCGAAGGCAACUGCAACGCGCGCGAGUUUGUCAUUAAGCGAGAUGGCACCAAUGUCGAGACCAACAGCGCUUGUGUCGCCGAGUCUGGAGAAUGGGUCUCGCCGUAUGACGGUGAGACGUUUGACCAAGCCAGUGAACUCGACAUUGACCACAUGGUUCCGCUGAAGAACGCCUGGGUGUCUGGUGCUUCGUCGUGGACGACGGAGAAGCGCAGGCAGCUCGCCAACGACGUCACCCGUCCGCAGCUCUGGGCUGUCUCUGCCAGUGCGAAUAGGUCAAAGAGGGACGAGAGCCCUGAUUCCUGGAAGCCCGAUCUCCAGUCCUUCUGGUGCACCUACUCCAAAAGCUGGAUUCAGGUAAAGAGCCACUACGGCCUGAGCAUCACGGAUGAUGAAGCGAGUGCUUUGUCGACCAUGCUGGACACUUGCUAG